GCCGCCAACCGCCUUGCAGGCCGAUCGGUACCGCGAUGGCGCCGCUCCGACUUCCUCUUGACCCGCCACCACCGCCCUGCAUCUUGCCGCAGAAAGGAACAGCGGCCAUUCCCGAGCUGUUGCUGCCGCCUCCAUACCCGCUGUCGCCGCCCACAAUGGACGAUCGCGCCAUCGGCGGGGCCUGGCACAAGCCCACCGUCGAGCGUACGGCGGAAGCUGCCCGCAAUGCGGCUGCGGCCGAGGGCCUCACCCUCGUGCGGGGCGGCACCGGUGCCUCUGGCUUUCUUUGCGUCGUCGCGAGCAAAGGCCUGUACAAGGCGACCUUCAUGCGUGAGGACAAACGGAUCCACCUCGGAACCUUUGAGUGCGCCGAGGCGGCGUCGCUCGCGGUUGCUCGCAACUUUCCAGAGGUGCUCGCUGAAGCCUCGGCCAAGGCGGCGGCCAAGGCGGCCAAGGAGACUCGUCCAGGCCUGAGCCUGAAGGACGUUGAGCGCACCGCCGCGGCGGAGGGGCUGGUGCUCUGGCGCGA